AUGGCGUCGUUGUCGUACUAUCAGGGGGGAGAAUGGACGAACUUCCCCUACAGCAGCGAGCCAAGAAAGCCGCGCAUCAAGGUGACGCACGCCAGUAACGAGCUGGUGAAGUUUACCUUGAGUGACACCGAUGUCAGCAUGGCCAAUGCCAUCCGUCGCAUCAUCCUGGCAGAGGUGCCGUCCAUGGCUAUAGAGUUGGUCGAAAUGGAGGAAAACGACACAGUUCUCUUUGAUGAGUUCAUUGCGCACAGGAUGGGCCUCAUCCCCCUGUCGUCGCACGGUGUGGGCGAUAUCCCUCCAGAUGAUGGCAUGGCUCUGUCGAAGGAUUGCUGUCAGAGCGAGUGUCCGCAAUGCACCAGAUUGUUUACUCUGGAUGUCAGCAACGAGGAAGACAAGGUCUUGACGGUGACGCAUUUCGACCUUCAGGACGACACCAAGGAGACGCGUCAGUUCGAGCGGACCGAUUGGCCCACCUGGAAACGCGUUCGGCCCUGUCCUUUCAGAGAUCCCACACUGGAAGAUCGCGUGGAUCGAAGGGAAAAUGGCAUCAUCAUUGCCAAGAUGAAGAAGGAUCAAAGCCUCAAGAUGGUUUGCAAAGCGAAGAAGGGGAUCCCCAAGUACCACGCGAAGUUUAUGCCCGUGGCCACCUGCGUCAUGAACUAUGAGCCCAUCGUCACGGUGAACCAGGACGUGGCCAAUGCGCCGGCGCCGGAUGGUUUGAGCUUGGACGAAAAGAUCGAAUUCGUUCAGGCCUGUCCGAGAAAAGUCUUUGAACUGGACAUCGAAGAUACGAUCCAGGUGGCGAGACAUCGAGAUUGCAUCUUUUGCGACGAGUGUACGACCAAGGCGCGAGAACUGGGCAGAAAAGAUCUCUGCAGUGCGCAGAUGGACACGAACUGUUUCCACUUCACGGUGGAGUCCGUAACCAGCGACGGUCCCCGCACGGCUGUGGACGUGGUGCGGGCGGCCUUUCGGAUACUGGACUACAAGCUGUCGCAGUUUAUGGAAGAUGCCUAUGGCGAUGAGAUUAGCCAUCAUCUGCCCUUACAUCCCAAGGGUGGUGGUGGCAACCUCUACUUGACGUGUUUAAGACUUCGCUUUGAAGAGCGUGGGAGCUGGAGCAAAGCCCUCGAGCCUCAGGUAGAUCAUAGCGUCGUGCCGGAGGGCCAAGGUGGCGAAGGUGGCGAAGGUGGCGAAGGAGACCGCAGUCCGGACAGCACCAGUCCGGCAAAGCUACAGAAGGAGAAAUCCAACCGGCUGACAGUACCUCCCAGGUGUGAGGAAGACUCCUCCAGUAGCAACAGCAGCCCCACGCCGCGGAAGUUCCGCAGCAAACUGGUGCCUUUAGCCUUCGGCUAUGCUGCUGACAGCGUGCUGCUGCAGCAGAGCACGGUGACCGCCAGCGGCUUCUGGGCCCGGGCGCUGGGAGGCAAUGAUGUGGCGGCCAAGAAAUCUGCCGUGGACACAGACGGAGGUCUGGCCAUGACUGCCAAGCAGCUGCGACCCAUGCGCGGCGCCCCGUCGCAGUGUCGAAGUGCACGGGGCUUGGCGCCGCCGCGCGCCUCGUACUAUUUCGAGCUAGAGGUUCUGCAGACUGAACUUGAGACCAGCCGAACUUUGGCGCUUGGCUUUUGCUGGUCCAAGGGCCUUCGUAUGCAGGACCCCUUGCCUCAGGAGCUGCCCGGCUCAUUCCUCUUGGGAGGUGAGCUUCCACGUGCGCUCUUUGGGGCGACGGAAGUUUGCAGGCCAGACGGCUGGCGGCCGGUCGUCCAUGUGCUCUCUGGCAGCCGCGUGGGAGCGUUGCUGGAGGUGAGAGAUCAUGGCACGCAGGGACCGCUCCUGCGCUUGUCCAUUGUCCAAGAUGGGACAGCUAGGGCAGAGGUGCUUCUGGUGCUCUUGCAGGAUCAUGAUUUGAUAGAUUUAGCGUUGUUCAUGGCCUUAGCCGCUGCCGAUGUGAGCGAUGCGCCGCCGAUACUGCAAGGCUAUUUGGGCCGUUUGCGGAAGUCAGCUGCGGGCCUCAAGCCAGCUUCAUGGGAGCACUCCUGGAAGCGCAAGUGCGUGUUCAAGUUUGGACAAGGUCAUGCCUCUUGGCUAGUUUGCUUGGACUCACCUUUCCAAGUCGGCUGCUGGGUUUGCCAUUCAGCUGGCGUCAAAACAGCUUUUGGGAGAUUGGCCGUGACGAAGGUUCAAGCUCUUAAAUCUGUCAACUUGCAGAACCACGAGAAGCAGAAGGUCCAUGUGCAAGCUUUGGAAAAGCUUCAGUCCCCUGGCCAAAGCCAACCUGACCAGGAAGAUCUAGUGGAUGGCCACGUUAGUGGUUUACCUCUGUCAGUGCCAAGACUUGACAAAUGGAUAGCUGCAGUGAAUGCCCUGGUGGACAGAGCUUCUUACAGUGGGGUGCAGGGCCGCGUGGAGGCUGGCAGUGUCGGAAGCGCUUUGCUCGCUGGAGGCGACAGCAGCAGCAAGGUGGUCAGGCAGAUGUAUGCAUGUCUGGGGUCAAGAUUAGCGGCCUUGGACCUGGCUCGCAUCAAAAGAGCGGUUAGUGGAAGCCUUGCAAUCGACAAGGGGCAUGGGCACGUCGUAGUGUAUGGCAGGAUGCUGUGUACUGACGGCAUCUACGACUGGUUUCUGGGGCUUGGGGACCAUGUGCCGGAUAGCGACGAGCCUGACGCCAGCAGAUCAGUCCUCAAAAGCUUGGAAGACGUCUUGAAGAGAGCCUGCACAGUGCAUGUCGAAACAAGGAGAUUGCAGAAUGUCCACAGCAGCGAUGCAGACCACUUGGACAAUGAAGCUUUCAGCAACUUGAGACGCUGCUGUGUUUCGCUGGUGGCUGAUGGUGGCCCGACAGAGCAAAGGGCUUUGUAUGAGGCAUCUCCGCUGGCUUCUGGGUUGGGCGGCGCUUCAGCUGAUGAGUGCCUUUUCCCGAACUGCAUGCUCAUCACCCGGGAUCGAGCGCAUCGUUUUCGCUCUGUGGACAAACAGUUUUGGUCCAGUUUGCCAUCCAUUUUCAAGGACUUCUUGGCAAAGCUGGUGACUGGUCGGGAGGCUUUGGAAUGCUUUGGACCUGGUGCCACAUCGCGGGCUCAGGCUUUCGCAGCGAAGCAAAGGAAGGAUGUUGAGAGUGCUGUGGGCUUCAGUCGCAUUUUGAAGAGCUUUGCCUAUGCCGAGCACAGGUUUGAUUCGCGAAAGCGGCCGCUUUUCCGACUGUUCAGGUUGUUGCCGUUGGUCAUCGACUUGCUCGAGGAGGUCAGUGCCGCCGUGGGUCCCUUCGAUGAGGAAGACCGUGCUUGGGCCGCUGCGUUGCUCCAGGAGUUUGGUGGGGACGAGGGCUAUUGCCGUGUUGUGGGCUCCGCGGUGGCUGCUGAUGCACUAGUCAUGGCAUGGCCUUUGAUCAAAGUUGCCGACCAAGCUUGCGCAGACUUUGCGCUCGAAGCUCCAGCUGCUGCGCAGUGCCUUGCAACGCUGAAGCUGAUGCUUUGCCAUGGGGGGAUCUUUUUACCGGAUGCUUCAGAGACACUGACGCAUUGCGCUUUGCAUGCGGUGAAAGAACGACAAGUGUCGGCUUAUCCUCUUUUCACCUGUUUGGCCUUUGUCGGCUGUAUUUUGCUGUUUGCCAUGGUGUCCAACACCGGACUUCCUUCCGAAAGCAAGUUCAUGGGCCGAGGGAAACCAGAGAAGCUUCGAACUGCGGUGGUUCGGUGGCCAGCCCCUGACACGCCUGAAAGACGGGAGCCAAUGACAAUUGCGAAGAGGUUCUACAACAUUUUUGAGACCUUCUUCAACACAAACUUUCCGGGGUACGAGGAGGCCAAUGCUUUCGGGGCUUUCAAUUUGUCUGCGCAGAUCGCGCUUCCCAACCGAGAGCGCUGGGUCAAAUUUCUGUGUGAGCGAUUUGGCAUUGACGGGUCCGAAGCUUGGAAAAGUUGGCUCGGCAACGGUGAGACCACCGGUGUUUUUGUACGAGCGCAAUGGCAUUUUUCCAUGCAUGGGGUGAAGGAAUUGCACCGGACCAAAUCUGCAUGCCACGCACCAGAGUCUCCUCACCAAGAAGCAUGGCUGGCGACGUGGUUCGAGAUUCGCCGGGUCAGCUCCCAUUCUGCUGUCUGCCGCUUGGUGGAGAUUUACUUGAGUGCAUUGAGUGGAACUGGCACCGUGGAGCGGUUCAUACAUCUCAAAGGCGACCUAGCCCACAGUCGCCCGAAUCUUUCCACCAGGAAUUUGGAAAUCAGCUUGAAGCUUUUGGUGCAAGAUGAUGGGGGUCGCCGCCGGUCCCGUUUGGAUGCAGAAUCUUUGUUGUGCAAGCCAACCUCCGCAAAGACCGCUGGUGGAGCCACAGUUGUGCACCCUGCCAGUCAAGUGCUUUUGAGAGCUCAGAGGCUGUAUGCAGCCUACUUUGGCGAGAAGCCGGGCAAGGCCAGAGACAUGGAAGCCCAUUCCCCUACCUCGCUGUCUCGACAAAGGCUACUUGCACAAAAGCCGAGGCUUACAAUAUGCAAGGACAAGAGUGACAAGUCCGAGAAAGCGACCUUGGAGAAACAUGCUGCUUCUUGCGCAGCAGCGGCUAGCAAAGUCCGGGAAGGUGGCGUGAUGGAGGGUGUGCUCGGUGACAUCCCUUCGUCAGAUGGCGGGGCAUCCGAGUCGGGCAUCUUGAAUUCAAUGGCUCAAGCUGCUUGGCACAUGAGGAAGAAACGGAAGGCCUUCGUUCAAGAAGCUUCUGAAAGAGUCAGUGCGCCAUCUUCUAGCUCAAAGGCAAGGACGGACGCAACAGCAAAGAAACGAGCCUUGGAGGCGUCGACGGGAACUCCACAACCAGUUUCCAAAGUGCCAAGAGUUGCUGGAGAACAAGCUGUUUUGAGCGAGGAAGAUUGGGCUGCAGCUGACAAAGCUGUGGCAAACCAGAAGGCCAUUGCGGAUAAGAAGGCUUCAGUUUUUCGAGCUGCUGCAGCAGGGCAACCUGUGGAUUACGUGGAUGCGAAAGGUGGCCUGAUGCGGCCGAAAGGCGCCCCUCCAGUAGCAGCAGCCAAAAUGCCUUCGUUGCCACCUGAGCCUUACCUGUUCUUGGAAGGGGUCAGGAAGAGCGAAGCGAAACAAUGCACCCACUUGCCUGAAAAAUGGAUCCGCACCAAGGAGAUCAGGGAGGUGCACUUGGUCUUGGUGAAAUCGGUGCCACUCAGCUGGCGAGGGCCAGCGGCUUUGCUGGCGCGAAUGGUGGGCGCCAGGCUUAUGGACCUUGAAGGCAGGAUGACAGCAUUCAGAGGUGUUCUGCGCCAUUGCCACAUGGUACUUUUUGUCACCUCCGGAUUUGAAAGCAAGCAUCCAGAUCACGCCAAAGUUCUCCGUCAACUGGGCCUAUUGAGUCCUUUCAUGACUGUGAAGCAGAAUCAGCAGCGCCGGCGCUUGGAAGUUCAUCGCGGCGAUGUGAUUACCAGGGUGGAGUGGCCCACACUUACACAUGUCUUGGUGGCAGAAGCCGAUGCAAAACCCCUCCGAUGUCAGGAUCUGGAUGGAAAGGAUGUCAAAGUCAAAUGUUUGGAUUUGACAGAAUUUUUGCACUUGUGUUCCAACUGCUAUGAGCCGGCCUAG